UUAAUAUCCACAAUAAAAAUUUUCUGAUAGCAUGGCGUUCUAAAAUAUAUCUUUAUAAAAAAGAAGAGAAUUGACAUUGUAAUGUACACAAAGAUACUUAAUAACAUAAAUAAACAAUAUUUAUGAAUUAAAAACAGAAAUUAAUUGCAAAUAUGUAUCAAAUAGAAAUAUUUGAUAAUGAUAAAAAUCGUCUUAGCAUAUCGCCCGAAGAUAUUCAAACCAAAUGUCGAGUCUGUCUUAAACAAAAUGGAACAAUUAAUAUAUUUGAAACUAGAGAAAAUGAACAUUUUUACAGUGAAAUAUUAGCAGCUUUGUCUUCGCUUCAAGUUGAUAAGAUGGAUGGAAUGCCACAAAAUGUAUGUAAUAUAUGUGGGGAUUUAAUCACGACAGUUCAUUCAUUUAAACAGCAAGUACAGGCUUCACAUGUCAUAUUACAAAUUGCUUUAGGGCAAAUAAAUCUAAAUACCAUAGGGCAACCAUCAUCUAAAGCAGACUUUGAUGAUAUUAAAGAAUUAAAAAAUGACGUUGCUGUUGGUGAUAAUACAACAAAUUCAAAAAUUAUUGACAAAAAAUAUGAAUGUUCUUUCUGUAGUCUCAAAUUUGAAACACGUUCCGAAUAUAUAUUUCACAGAAAAAGAGAAGAAAGACAAAGAAGAACAAAACAGUCUUGCCCUCAUUGUCCUAAAAAAUUUUUCACUUAUGAGUUGAAGGAUCAUAUGAAUUCGCAUACAAAAUUCAAACCUUACGAAUGUGAAACAUGUGGUAUUAGAUUUGGUUAUAAAACAAGCCUAACUUUACAUAAUCUGAGACAUAAAUCAAAUGAAAUUCCCAAAUUCACAUGUGGGGAGUGUGGGAAAAAGUUCUUUACAAAACAUACAUUAGGAGUACAUCAAAAAAUGCAUGGAGGACCUCCAUAUCCCUGUAAAAUCUGUAACAAAUUAUUUUCAAAAAGAAAUGUAUUGAAAUUGCACUCGAGGAGUCACUCAGGUGAAAGACCUUAUUUGUGUAAUGACUGUGGAGCUAGUUUUUCCCAAAGGGGACAUCUGAAUACUCAUAUAAAACUCAAACAUAGUAAUGAAAAACCGUUUUGUUGUAAUAUGUGUGAUAAAAAAUUUGCUAUAAAGAGCCAUCUAAGUGUUCAUUUGAAAACACAUUCGAAGGAAAAAUCUUAUUUAUGCACUGUAUGUGGAAAACUCUUUACCCAAGAAACAGCCUGUAAAGCUCAUAUGUUGUCCCACUCUGAAGAACCGGGCAUCUUAUGCAACACCUGCGGGCAAUUAUUUCCCAGUAGGGUGAAACUGUUUGAACAUAUAAGAGAAAAACACGGAGAACUCCCCUUUAGUUCUGUAAAUAAAAAGCGUUGGCCGAAAGGAGUUAGAACUCGAAUGUGCGAGUUGUGCCAAAAACAAUUUGAUAAAAAAAGCACCUAUGAAAUUCAUAUGCGCACCCAUACUGGAGAGAAACCAUUCUCUUGUAAAGAAUGUGGAAAAAAAUUUACCCAAGGAUCCCACUUGUAUUAUCACAUGAAGUUACAUAAUGGAGAAAAAGACUUUGGCUGUCAAUUCUGUAAUAAAAAAUUCACUUUGAAAGGGAAUUUGACACAACACGUUAGAACUCAUACUGGAGAGAGGCCUUUUGAAUGUGAGGUUUGCUCUAAAAAAUUUUUCACCUUAAAUACUUUAAGACGUCAUAAAGUUACACAUCUUCCCAAGUAGAUAUUUAUUUAAAAGGAUUUAUGUGUAUGUAGUGGCAGGUUUCAUUUACUAAUGCUGAGUCUGACAACCUUGUAAUAUUCUGAUUGAAUAUUUAGUUAAUUAGCUACAUCUUUUUAGAAAAGUAAUUUCGCCAUGUUUUCAGAGUUAUAAUUAAAAAAUAAUGAAAGCAUUGAUUUUUUUCCAAAUUAGCGUUUUGUAGUGGGAUUGUGGCAAAAUUAAACACCCGAAGUGUACCAACUCUAAUAUAUUUCCGAGCUUUCGAAUAUUUAUGUAACAUUUGGGACUGAAAAUAUUUUGUACAACAUAAAAAUAUCAAUGUAAAAUUGAGUAAACUACUUUUCUGUAAUUUUAUUUGAAUCGAAAACCAUCAGUAUCAAAACGAGACCAAGGAUAUUGAUAUUAAACACUGAUACUUUAUGAAUAUUUUAUUUAACUAUACAUGAUUUUUAUAAGAGGACAUUAUACUUGCUCUUCGGUACCCAACGACUGUUAGUAGUAGUCCAACAGUACCGAGUGGGCAACUAAUAUCUGCGGUCUGCCAUAUCUGAGGAACUGAUUUUUUUACAGCCUAAGGAAAAAAAAAUAUAACAAAAGUGACCCCGAGAAACAUUUGGGAUUUGUAUUUAGAAUAUUAUGAUCACUACUAGAAGACAUGUUAGAAAAUAUAGUGAAUUUUUUAACAAUUUACCCAAUUAAGUGACACUUUAUAUAUGAUAAUCGAAUUUUUCAAUAAAUUCUGCCAUUUUAUAAUGUUUCAUUUAUUGGAUCUAUAGUAGAUUAUGAAAAUGUGAAUACUUCGUGAUAAUUUUAAACACUUGUAAUUCAUUCCCUUUUUUACUGUGAAAUUUUUUACGUGUAAAAUAUAUGUUUCAUAAUUAAUGGCUGACUAUUAUUCUUAGUCCAGUUUUUUUACCUUGAUCAAUCUUGCGAAUAUGUACAAUUCAAUUGAUACCACCCUCGUAGAAUGGCUUCGUUGCUUAUAUACCUACAUCUCGUCGAAACUUAUAUCGAUCCAUACCUUUUUAGUUGGUAAGGUUGUCGAAGUGCUUAAUUUCCAACACGGAGAUCGGAGGUUCGAAUCCUCUGUCGUAUUAAAUUUUUAUUAAGUAAGCCACUUGCUCUUAGUUAAAGGGAGAGACAAACAAACCCACAUACUGGUGAAGCUAAUCUAAGCUUGUUAAUAUAACCAAUUAACAAUUCUUGUUGCUAAUUACUACAGUGGUAGAUACGACUUGCUUACAAAUCAAAAAAGUACCAAUAAACAAAAUAAAAAUCUGAACUGAUACGAAUAAUUGUAAAAA